AUGAAUCAGGUUGUGACUAAAAAUGAGGUAUGCGAUUUAUCAGAGAACGAUAAUAUCAAUUCGAUCAUAAAUUCAACAAAUGUGCAUAGCGCGAAAUUCAGUGGAAGCGAUAACCGCCGACUUCCCGCCAAGAAGAGACAAAUCGUGCCCGAGGAGCAUUCGAGCUUUGAGAAUGAGUGUAAACAAGUAAUUCCGAACGCCAAAACCAAUGACCAUAAUAACAGUAACGAUGACAAUUACUACUUCUUAAUGAGUCUGUUGCCGUCCUUGCGCGAAGUACCGAAAAACAGAAAUAUGGCGAUUCGAAAUAAAUUGCAGAGAGUGUUUGUCGAAGAACAGGAGACGAAAAAUUGCAAUGAUAAUGACAAUAAUAAUAUCAAUAACAAUAAUUGUUCACCGUAUUCCACUCCGAACGCAGAUCAGGAACAGGUGCAGGUACAGUCACCGUUACUUCCGCCGCAAUACCCAUACCCGAAUGUACAGCAUCCCAUUCACGGUAACGUCAACUGCAACUACGCUAUGGCGAUGCCAUUGCAAAAUGCUGCGACCACGUCUAUGGCCCAUGGCGAAGUACAUCUUGUGCAACCAACAUUGGAAUACGCGAACAAUUUGACCGGACAACAGCAAUUGCAGCAGUACAUCAACGCCAACAAUAACAUUUGGGGCUAUAACCCCCGCAACGUGGGCAAUAAUACUAAUUUUGCUUAUCAACCGGAAAUCAGGGAACAGCAAACCUUUACAUACUUGUAA